AUGCUCGUGACCAAGUGCGAGGGCUGCAACAACAUCAACGGGCCAGGCGAGUGCUCGAACACCUGCGGCGACGCAGCCGGGCUCUGCUCCAAAUGCGACGGCACGCUGGGCACACCGGGGGCAUGCUGCCAAAAAGGGGAGGCCGACGAUCCUCCCGAAUGCUCGUGGGUGCCCGACACCAGCUUUUUGUACGAUGGCUACCAUACUGUUAGCGAAACGGACUACAUCGCUUUGGUGGACAACGGAGAUAGCACCGUCACCGUCAGCGUCGUCAGCUCGACCGUUGACGUCACCUUCACCUCAGCUCUCGAGGCAGCGACAAUCUUUGUCCUUUCGCCUCCGCCGCCAGCGCCGCCCGCUGCUCCUUCGAACGGCUAG